GAACUGGAUUCUAAAAAUGAAGAGGUCCACCAGGGGUUCCAAGAACAGAUUUCUGAAAUCAACCAACCUAAGAGCACCUACGUGCUCAAAACGGCCAAUAGACUAUAUGGAGAAAAGACUUACCCUUUCCUUACUGAAUUCAUGGACCUUACUAAGAAAUAUUAUCAUGCAGAGGCCCAAGAGGUUAAUUUCAUAACCGCAGCGGACCAAGUCAGAAGCGAGAUCAACUUGUGGGUUGAAAGUCAGACUGAUCGCAAAAUCAAGAAUCUGCUGCCUAAAGGUGCUGUUAAUUCUGAAACUGCAAUGGUUUUAGUAAAUGCCAUUUACUUCAAAGGAAACUGGGAAAACAGAUUUAGGGAAGAACAGACCACUAAUGCAGAUUUCAGACUAAGCAAGACCACGUCAACAUCUGUGCAAAUGAUGUUUCUGAGAGAGACACUCCCAGUUUUCCACAUCAGCAUCUUGAAGGUCACAAUCCUUGAGCUUCCAUAUGUCAAUAAAGAACUCAGCAUGCUCAUCCUACUUCCUGAUGACAUCACAGACGAGUCUACGGGCCUGCAACUGCUGGAAAAGGAAUUAACGUAUGAGAGAUUAUCAAUAUGGACCAGCUCAGAAAUGAUGGAGAAAACGACAGUGGAGGUUCACUUGCCCAAGUUCAGGCUAACCGAGAAUUAUGACCUCAAGACUACUUUAAGCAGCCUGGGAAUGACAGACGCCUUCAGCCGAGGUCAAGCAAACUUCACAGGAAUGUCCAAGAACAAUGACCUGUUUCUGUCAGAGGUGUAUCACAAGGCUUUUGUGGAGGUCAAUGAAGAAGGCACGGAGGCAUCUGCCGCCACUGCAGCCGUGGUUACCACAAGAUCCUCCGGGGAGCCUGUGGUAUUUAAAGUGGACCACCCCUUCCUCUUUUUUAUCAGGCACAACAAAAACAAAAGCAUCCUCUUCUUUGGCCGCUUCUGCACACCUUAGAUCCAGUUUGGUGUAGUGGUUAAGUGCGCGGACUCUAAUCUGGGAGAACCAGGUU